GGGAGAAGCACGCAGUGCGUUGACGGCUGUGGACGCGAGUAGUGGUGGACUGCAAGCAGUAUCUCUGGACCUAAAUUACCGUUCCGUUUGAUUGUUAAUUGGUGUGUUCAGUAGGACUCGCUAGCGGUGGCUGUCCUGGUGUUGCUUGUUGUUGUGACCGUAUAAGAUUGGCUGUUCGUGCCCGGUGUGUGCAUAGCGUGUUGCGGGGAGUUCACGCAACCUUUAGUGAAGCCUACUUAGUUUGAGGCGUGAUAUUGAUGGCGCCCAUCAUGAACCACCGGAGAGGAAGCAGUGGGCGGCGCUACAGCUUCCUGGAUUUGUCCAGCGGCAGUGCCAGUCUGAGGCCGCGCAGCUCAUCCACCAGCGUGCUGACGGUCACUGAGUCCACGCCGCAACUCAGGAGUCCGGCUGACUACAGACGUCCCCCACCCACGCCCUGCACCACGCCGUGUUUCAUCAGCCCGCGCAUGGCCUUCACCACGCAGUUCGGCUACGACUCCCCGAUUCAGAUAAUCACGUGUGGCGGCAGCAAUGUGUUGAAGCCCAUAGUCAAGCGUUUCUGGCUCGGCCCUCUGCUGUGCUCGAAGAAAGGUCUGCUUUUCGUCACCCUCCUCACCAUCGGCAUAGUAUCGUUCCUCCUCCUGAACAGGAAGGAGUACGGGCUGCGAACAGAGGGACAGUGUGACGCCCAGGACUCCACGGCACCAUGCCAUAGCCACGAGGCAGUCAAUCCCCUGAAGAGAUUUCUUAGACGAGAGAGCUUCACUUCGGAACAGUCCACCCCAGACACCGAAAAGAGCGAGGCUCCGGUGGCACAGGAAGGGGAGGAAAAGGAGGAGGAGGAGGAGGAGGAGGAGGAGGAGGAGCAAAGGGUUGUAGAGCACAGGAUCAACAGGCCAAGAAUGUUGACUGUCCAGGGCCAGUAUGAAAGCAGUGCGGAGGAAAUGGAUGAGCAGGACACUUCACGGAAGUCGGCCUUCACUGACAAACAACAAACUGGUGAUGAAAAGAGAAGCGAGGAAAGCGAAGGCAGAGAUCACUUUUCCAGAGAAGACCUUCAGCGGGUAAGGCGUGCUGUCAUGGGUGGAGAUGGGCCCUAUCCAGAAGCACAAAUGAACAACGAAGAGCAGCAUUCCAUGAGAGUUAUCAGCGAGGAGGCGCUGCCGCCCACGCCGCAACAACCUGGCGGUGUAGAACCUGAAGAUGAACGCGAGGCGCGUAGCCAAGGAUAUACGCACGAGGAACCUCUCCAAGGGGGCCAUGAAAACCUGGAUCAGCUUUACAUCCAGCACAGGAACCUGGAGCGUCAAGGUUACCACCGUGAGCAACAAAUUGUGCAGCAAGAAAUAGAAGCACAAGAAAUGUUGAGACUCCGCCAGCAGGAGGAAAUGUGGCAGGAACAAAGGCGCCAGGCCCACCAGAGGGCGCGAGAGAGCUAUCCUCCGCCACAUGGGAGGAGGGAGCAUUACCCGCCCGGGGCGCCCUACCACGCAGAGUCAGGCGGGCUGGACAGGCAGCACCCAGUGUGGAGGGACCACCAGCUUCAUGGACAGAGGCUGCCGAGGGGCGUCAAUCCCCGCAGGUAUUACAGGAGCGAGGACCUGUGAUCCAUGUUAACUACCCGGUUUUAAAUGUGAUUUGUUAACUAACAUUUUGCUUAACUAAAAGUAAAAUGUUUGUAAUUCAACGCUGAAUGCAGUUUGCAAUAGUCAUCGCUGCAAACUGUUUUAAAAUAGAUUCUAAGUUUAAUAAACAAUUUUAGCCGA